GCGAGGGCGCGCGUCACCAGACAAAGAUUUCAGAGCGCAUAUGCAACGCUGCGUUUCGCGACAGGCGAGGCGGAAAUCAGCGGCAGCUGAGCUGUGCCUGAACGGGGCUGGCACUGCCACUGCCGCACCACCAUCACCCCCCACCUCCGCACCAGGGCCGCCACCUUGAUGUGAUUGAUAAAUAACGCGCAAGUGCCCACGCCUCCUCCCUUCUCUGCUCCGCACGGCUCACCAAGCACUGCUCACAGCCUCACACACAGUCACAGCAUGCCUCUGCGCGAGUGAGUUCAUGGCAUCCUGCUGAAUCCGUCUCCCAUUGCCGCCGCCCGCCCAGAUCCAAGACGCGGCGCUGCCAGGCUGGUGCCGUCGCGGGCGCUCUUUACCGCAACAGCAAUGGCGGACACCGUGGGGGCGCUUCCUCCUUCCCCGAUACCGGAGUGCGACUCCGGGAGGUCCUCGCCGUCCCACGCCGCGUCGCCCGAGUUCGAGUUCUGGUUGGUGGGCACGAACCCGUCCCCGGCGCUGCUCACCGCCGACGAGCUCUUCUCCGGCGGCGUCGUGCUCCCGCUCCACAACCUCCAGGCGCCGGCCGCCACGGACGGCGACGGCGCGCCUGCCCCUCAGGCCGACGCAGACGACGCCGCCGCCAAGGCGGACUUGAAGGGCGCGGACGCCGCGGCGCUCCCGCUGCCUGAAGCCCAGGCGCAGGAGGCGGAAGGGGAGACCGCGCAGCCGCUCGCGGAGUCCGGCAUCGCGCCGACCCCGGACCUCCCCGCGGUCACGUUCAAGUGGAAGGACAUCUUCAAGGCGGGCGGCGCCGCCGGCGGCGAGGCCAAGGAGCGCAAGAAGGUGGAGCGGCGCGUCAGCAGCGUCAGUGGGAACGCCGAGCUGAUUAACAUCAACAUUUGGCCAUUCUCCAGGAGCCGUUCCGCCGGCGCAGGUGGCGGCUCCUUGAGCAGGGCCAAGCCCAAUCCGAAUCCAAAUCCAAUCCCCAACGCUGCUGGCGCCAGUCCCAGCGCCGGUGCCGGUGCGAGCGCCAAUACCAACGCCAAUGCCAGCGCCCCGAGCGCGCCGCCGGCCCCGCGCAAGGUGAGCAGCGCGCCGUGCUCGCGUAGCAACUCCCGUGGGGAGUCCUCCGGGCCUGUGCCGACCAUUCCCGCCACCACCGCAGUAGAAGCACCAGCCGGAGAAGAAGACGCCGACGCGGCCACCCAGCCGCAGCCCCAGGCGGCGCCAUUGCCCGCCGCCGCCGGCACAUCCAGCGCCACGUCCAUGUUGAGGAGGUGGGUGCCCGGACAGGGCCGUAACAAUAAUAACGGAGCAGGGUCAGGGUCCGGCGGCAUCCGCGUCGGGCGGCCCAGCGCCGUGUGGCAGCUGAGGCGCAACAAGCUGCAGCAAACCGCCGCCGAGCAGAAGCAGGUGAGCGCCAAGAAGAAGGCGGCCGCGGGCCCCGCCCCGGUCUCGGCACCCGCCGCGGCCGGAGCCAACGAUGACAAGGCGGCGCCGAGCGUGGCCGCGCCAGCGGCCGGCUGCCGGAACAACGUGGAGGGCGCCGGCGAGGAAGGGAACCCACCGCAGGGGCUCUUCGGGCUCCGGACUUUCUUCUCCAAGAAGGUGUACUGAUCAGCAGCAGCCGCAAGCCACGGCAUUGUACAUACAAAUUCGAGCUCUAGGCUCGUUCUUCCAUAUCUUCACUUUACCUUGCUCCCCUUCUUGUUUUCUUUUGUUUUUUCUUUUUAAUUACUCUCAUUGCUCUGCUCUAAUUCGAUCGAGUAGCUUCGAUAUCCCCUGUACUGUACUAGAACGAAGCUAGGCUAAGCUCUAGUGCUCACCUCAAGCAGCCAGCCAUGCCCAUGAGCCGUGGUCGGCCAUGGAUGAAGCAGAAAGCACCCGUGUCCAUGUAACACGCAUGCAUCA